AGGUGCGGCCGUGUUGCUACAGCAGGAACUGGGCGGCGGCGGGUGCUGCCUGCGGAGCCUGAGGCGGCGCGCCAUGGACGGACUGGAAGAAAAUGGAAGUGUUGUGCAAGUUGGAGACUUGUUGCCCUGCAAGAUCUGUGGAAGGACCUUCUUCCCAUUGGCUCUGAAAAAACAUGGACCUAUUUGCCAGAAAACUGCCAGUAAAAAGCGGAAGACUUUUGAUUCCAGCCGGCAGAGAGCUGAAGGGACUGAUAUUCCCACGGUCAAGCCUCUCAAACCCAGGCCAGAACCACCAAAGAAGCCGUCGAAUUGGAGACGAAAGCAUGAGGAGUUCAUUGCCACCAUCAGAGCAGCCAAAGGCCUGGAUCAGGCUCUCAAGGAGGGCGGCAAGCUGCCUCCUCCUCCUCCACCCUCUUACGACCCAGAUUACAUUCAGUGUCCAUAUUGCCAGAGGAGAUUCAAUGAGAACGCAGCCGACAGACAUAUAAACUUUUGUAAAGAACAGGCAGCACGGAUUAGUAACAAGGGCAAAUUUUCUACUGACUCUAAAGGAAAGCCAGCUUCGCGGCCACAGUAUAAGCCGUCUCCGCUUAAAAAAUCAAAUCCUCCUGGAAGUACGUCAUCAGGAUCGUCCCGACUACCACAGCCAAGUACUACUAGCAAAACAAUUGUAGGUGUGCCCACGGGUAAAGCAUCUGCAGUUAACAGUCCUUUGGGAAACAAACCUCAGACCUUAUCUCCUUCUCAUAGAGCAAUAGCAGCCCCCCAGGCAGGUAAGAUGGACAAGUUAGGCCCUCCACUUCGAACUGGAAGAUAUGUGCAAAGGUUGUAUGGCAGUGAUACAAAGUCAAACAGUGCCUUCAAAAGACAUGAGCUAGUACCUGUUCGCAAAGCUAACACCAAGGCUAGAAAUAUCACACCUCCUAGUUUGGCAAGAAAUUCUGUGGCAGGGGUGCUUACCAACAAAAGAAAGACUUUGACCGACAGCUAUGCAGCCAGGCCAGAUGGAGACUAUACAUCUUCAGUUAAUGGUGGAAACACUAAAGGCAUCGAGGGAAAUUCAUCUGGACACUUACCAAAAUUCUGCCAUGAGUGUGGGACAAAGUACCCUGUUGAGUGGGCAAAGUUCUGCUGUGAAUGUGGCAUUCGAAGAAUGAUUCUGUGAACAGAAUUGCAAACGCUAAGGGUCCAGGUUCAGAAUUUAAUGAAUAUUACUUCCUUGACACCAACAGCACUUCUUAUAGUUAUGGUGUACUAAAGCUAUUUACAGUACUCUUUCCCUUAGUGUUGAAACAUAAUCCUUUGGCUGUAUAAUGUGUUUAUGUAUAUGUGUGUAUGUAUAUAUUCUGUAUAUAAUAAAUCUCUUCCCUUCAGCCUGUGUCAUUCAAGGAACUACUUAAGUACAUGUCAAAAAAAUAAGUUGAUAUGAGAUCAUUGUCUUAGGCAUUGCUCUUUGGCUGUUUAAAUAUAUUAAUAUACUUGCACAAGCACUGUCACUGUAGUGAUGAACUGUGUAGGCUUUAGAAUAAUCACAUUGCUAAAGAGGUGCUGUCGUUAGUGCCCAUGACCAAUAGUAUCAUAGGAGAAUGAGAUAGGAGAAUGAGAUACUGGAGAAUCUGUUACUGAAGACAAUGUUAUUUAUUCAUUGUUAGUGGCUGUGAGGUCAUUUUCCCAGCUGAACUCUUCAGCAGCUAAUGUUAAAUUCCUAAAAAAAAAAAAAAAAAAAAAAAAAAAAAAAAAAAAAAAAAAA